AUGAAUCAAAAAAUUCAAUGCAUGAGAGUACAAGUUAUCGAUAAGGAAGUGUGCAGAGACACAGACAACUCAAGACGGUUUCCACCAAAAAUACUAUUUUUCCAUCUUCUUAUUUAUUCAACUCUCCUGCAAAUGACGCUUCGAUUCGAACGAUUUAGGCACUUUCCGGAAAGUGGAAAAACUAUCACUUUGCUUCUCAGUGCUGUACUCGGACUAGUACUUUCCUUCACAGAUCUUCAUUAUCCUAAAGAAGCCAAGUUCUUCUGGAUCAGCUUUUGGAUUUCCUUUGCCUUUGAUGUUAUCACAAUCUUGAUCCUUUUAAAAGACUGGGAUGAAAAUGUUGAAUGGAUGAGAAAAGCACCGUAUUCGGUGUAUCAUUGUCUGGCCUCACUGCUCGUCAGCUUUUUCAUUUUUAUGUCCGGAAUCUUGUUCAUAACCAGUGAAUCGUAUUCUGGAGAUGGUGUUCUGUAUGUUGGAGCUUUCUUCUGUUUCCUGAUCUUCGGAGUUCGAAUCGCGUGUAUUUUCAAAUCAUUGCCACAACUGAGACAAGAUGUUCACUUUCCAGGUCGGCCAAGCAACGCUGACUACGAAAACAACGGCACUUCAAUUGCUUAGUUCCAAUAAUUUUAUUUAUGUUCUGUUCAAAAUUAAUAACUUGUAAAAUAAAUCAUUUGAAUCUG